UUCUCAGACGUCACACAAAUUAGAAGCCUGAUGAUGUAACGCGGUGACAUCACUACCCCUGAUCCACCCUCUGGCUCUGCACUGCUCCGGUCAUGUUUACGCCUUAACGUGAAGAUGUACAUCGUACAUCGUGUGUUCGCGCCAGUAGUUCCCGACGUGACACUGGAUCUCCGCUGCAAAACAGAAAGUGACAUUGUCGUCAGAUAAGACAAAGAAGUUUUACCAGGACUCCUCGUUUUCGUUUUCAUUGCCUUUAAUCUCAGUAUCGUUUACUUUGCACACCUCUGUACCUCACGACAUCAAUCAGCACUCUACUUCAACACUAACAAGCCUUUUUUUUAAAUCAACAUUAUUUUAAUUUUUUAAAACAAAUGCAUAACACAGAAUUAUGAUUUAUUAUAAAAAUGUAAAACACUUACAGAAACUUAUUUAUUAGCGUUUACUACACCGUUAAUCAGCGCUUUUAUGUAUGUCUUUUUUCGUUCUCAUACACUGAUUAGUCGAGGACUGGAAAACAGCGCCUUUUUCUUAUUAUCAAUUUCUUUUUAUUUCUCUUUGAGCAAAUAUCAGUAUUUUUGCUUCAGGCAAUAAGUAUAAGUAAAUGCAAUCAGGGAUCAGUUUACCUGCUGAUGUCAAGUUUUUAAUCUAGAUAAAAGAAGAAAAAAAAAGUGCUGUCUGGGAUUGCUACCAAAAACGUGCAUGAGGAAUGUUUUUACGUGACUCAUCCAAGAUUUGUAACGACUCACAUUUUAUUCACUACAUCAGCUGCUCCAGACUCCAGUGACAGCAGUUUCAGUUUAAAAAAAAAUUGUAGCAGUUAGGGAUUUAAAAAUUGUUUUGUCUGCUGAUGUGACACAAACGCUUUAACAAAAGAAAAAAAAAAAAAAAAAAAACGUUUACUAUAGCCAUACCUCGAAACGUUAGCUACGAAGGUUAGUUAACGUCUGAAUCGCACUUCCUUUAGGAUCUUCCUUCUGAGGUUUAUAAACCUGCUGAAUCUCUUGUGGAACCAGAGUGGAUUCGCAGGACAAGCUUGUGAAACGCAAUAUUUAAGAAAUUCUUUGCUGUCUAAUCCGUCAACAAACUGAGCCAUCGUAUGCAUGAAGUCCUGAAAAGAAAAAGAAAAAACAUUACCUUCAUUAGAGACCGCGCUUCCGAAAGGAGAAGCAAAAACAUUUCCAAAGCGUCCCCGAGAUGGAUUGCGCGGCUCCACGUUGCACAUUUGCUUGAGAAGUGACGGCUGUCAGAAAUGCGCUCUCCGAGUCCUCGCAGUCCUUCCCCGAGCCCGUUCACCACCCAGGAUGCUUUGCUGCAUGGCCAGUUCACAGAUUGGAGCACGGGCGGGGGAUCGGCGGGGAGCUCGGGCGGGAGCAGCGGUGCCGACAGUGGCCCUAGCAGCCCUGCAAGCGGCGUUUCGUUACCCUCCAGCCCUUCGUCGAGCACUUACUCCCUCACUCUGACCCCUACGCAUAUCCACGUGCAGAGGGUUUGCCCCCGACCGGGAAAGGAAGCCCAACUCUUGCUGCCUCUCUCUGAACUAUCAGGGUGUAACUGCCCCCGGGCUCCUGCCCCGCCGCUCUUUGUGCUUUAUUGGUACCCAGUGGGACGGAGGCGCAGGGGCGUGGCUAAACGCAGGCAAAUGCGCGCUUACCUGGCUGAGACGAGAGCGGAGGCGGAGAAAUGGAACACAGCCGUGCAGUGCCUGCUGAGAGGGAUCGAUAUUAGCGUCUACACAGAAUUCAACAAAAGUUUGUUGCCGCGCCGACGUCGCCUGCUGCUAUUGGUCAAUCCGUACAGCGGGCGGGGUUUAGCGAUGCAGUGGUGUCAAACACACAUUUUACCCAUGAUCAGUGAAGCUAACAUCAGCUACAACCUUAUACAGACAGAGCGGCAGAAUCACGCCCGCGAGCUGAUCAGCGAGAUCUCUCUCCACGAGUGGGACGGCAUCGUCAUCGCCUCUGGAGACGGACUUCUACACGAGGUGAUUAAUGGCCUCAUGGACAGGCCAGACUGGGAAGAAGCAAUUAAAACUCCAGUGGGAAUUUUACCGUGUGGCUCCGGCAAUGCCCUCGCGGGCUCCGUUAACCACUAUGCAGGAUUUGACAUGUGCCUUCGCGAACCCCUCCUCAUCAACUGCUGCUUCCUGCUCUGCCGGGGCGGAGUCCGACCCAUGGACCUGGUGUCCGUGACGACUAGUCCGUCUCCUUCAUCCGCGUCAUCCAAUCAGAAUGGACGACCCUCGCCCCCCAAAAGACUUUUCUCUUUUCUGUCUGUAGCCUGGGGCUUUGUUUCAGACGUGGACAUCGAGAGUGAACGCUACAGAGGGCUAGGUUCUGCUCGAUUCACACUGGGAACACUGGUGCGUUUAGCCUCUCUGCGCUCCUAUAAGGGCCGCUUGUCUUAUUUGCCCCCUGGAGGGGCAAGUUUCACCCCGGAAGUGCCCUCGCAGACUCCACAUCGACCCCUUUCCCGCAGCAUCACCGAAGGACUAGAAGGAUACUGCAGAAUGCCGAUCCAUCGCACCUGCUCUGAUAUGGGCCUCAGCGAACAGAGGAGCCUCCAAAAGGGGGAUAGAGAAAGGGAGAGGGAGGAGAGAAACAAGGAGAGGGAGAGGAGAAGAGCGAGAGGGAGAGGUCGUGGGAGAGGGAGAGGAGUGGUCAGGGCGAGCAGCCUUGCUGAGGACAGAGAAAGAGAGAUGGAGGCGGAGGAGAAGAUGGAGGGAACAUCUGGGUCCAGUGCCACGUCGAAUGGAAGACUGGACACUAACGAGGAGGAGGAAGAAGACGACAGCACAAGAAAUAUGACAGAAGAGGAAUAUGAUGUAGAUGAAGGAAAAGAGGCGGACGAGAAGAUGGAAGGCACAUCCGGGUUUAGUAAGGAGUCAAGCGAAAGACAGGAGUCUGAGGGGAAUGAGGACAAUUCCACAAAUGAAAAAGGAGAAGACGAGAGACGGAAUGGCGUAGAUGGAGCGAAGGAUUUAAAACAAGAAUAUAGCGCAGAUGAAGGAAGAGAGGAGGAUGAAGAAGAGACGUAUUCAGACCCAGACCGACAAAAGGCGGUUCGUAAAAACUCCGCCCCACCCAGUCAGAUUGCUACCGCCUUCUUUAGUCGGCCGAUCGGAGCAGAUUCUGAACAAGUAGAAACCCCGGCAAAUGAAAGAGAAGAUGAGGACCUGAACAGGAAUUUUUUCCAUGGUGGUGCGUUUCCAGCGGAACCUGGACGAGAGCGAUCCCUCACCAUUUCCUCACCCUUCCGUCGUACUCGGUUUUCCCUCUCUAAACCCAAAAACUCAGCGGACCAGAACAAGAACCAGAAACCAAACGCUUCUAAGCCCCGCCCUCUUUCCCUUCUUCACCAGUCCAAUUCGAACUCCCUACCACCCAAAUUCCCCCCACAUUCUAUAUCCCUGUCCCCAUCCCCUCCUUCAUCGCCAACUAACAUAGGCCCAAAUAUUUCCGGCUCCUCGUCCUCGUUCUCCUUUGAUCUGACCCACCCUGGUAGACUUCUUAAGCCACGCCCCCAGAUUACCUCCCCUGUGGAUCCACCUCCUCAAGAUGACCUCCUGCCCCCCCUUGAUCAGCCGUUGCCCACUAGGGAUUGGGUGACUAUCGAGGGCGAUUUUGUUUUAGUACUUGCUAUCUACCAGUCACAUCUGGGUGCUGAUUUGUUUGCAGCGCCGCAUGCAAAAUUCGACGAUGGACUGAUUCAUCUGACUUUUGUGAGAGCUGGGAUCUCGCGGGCGACGCUUCUCCGCCUGUUCUUGGCGAUGGAAAGAGGCACCCAUCAUUCUCUAACGUCACCCUACGUGAGCCAUGUUUCCGCCCGAGCCUUUCGGCUGCAGCCCCUGUCGUCACGAGGGACGCUGACUGUGGACGGAGAGCUUGUGCCCUAUGGACCCCUGCAGGCACAGAUUCAUCCGUCCAUGGCUCGCAUCAUUGCGGGAGACUCAGGAGUGAAGAUCACUAGAUUCUGACCUGAAACGUGGGCGGGUUAUUUGACACUUUCUUUGCAUUGCAUAAUAAGUAUGCCGUCCACCUUUGAAAGAAAGAGAAUGCAAGAGAGAGAGAGAGACAAAAACUUGAAUAUAGCCGGCAGCAUCAACAAAAGCAAUAGCUUUUAAUGGAAAUUGUUUAAAGGGACUAGUGGAUCACCAGGCCGUUUAAUAAAGAGAGGACACCUGGACACUAAGAUACAUGUGGAAAUAGUAACUACCGGUAAAUCUAGGUGAUAUGGAAAUUUCUUUUCUUUACAAGUGUGCUCGAGCACUUCAGGUUCCAGUUUUUUUCUGUUGAAGUAGAUAAUGAAGUUUUCCUGCCAUAUUACACACAAAGAGAUGGAGAUGACCUAGCUAUCAAGACGUACCAGUCUGCCAACUUUGCAAAAGAAAAAAACUGGCCUUUUUACACCCCCAUAUUUCCUUUGGUUUUCUUUUGAUUAUUUCCUUUAUUCCGGGUAAAUGUUUAAUGAUGGCCACAUCACCGUUUGGCCAAGUUAGCCUUUUGCUCACUUUCCCCAAGUUCUGCCUCCUCUGUAAUAAAUUUCCCAGAUUUCCCAAUCUUCCAGGAUUUGUCACCUUUUUAAGCACCACCCACUUUCUUUAUUCCUGACAUUUCCUAUAGAUGAUCUUCUCCAUCCAGUUAAAUUCCUCUCCUCUUAUCAUCUUUUCUGAUCUUGCAUGGCCUUCUUAACUGUUACUCCCGUCCGUUCCUAUCCUCUCAAAUUUAGGGUCAUGCACCAGUCAGCCAAGCUUUGCUUCCGUCACUGUUGGAUUAACAAAACCUUUUGUGUUUUUUAAGCCUCAUCCUGUGGUUUUACCCCAUCUUUCCUCGCCACCCACUUUCUGGCUGCAUCCCACUAAUUUACCAAGUGACUCGUCCUUUUUCUUUCAUUUUUUUUUAACCAUGCCACAGCUCCUGCUUCCUUUUCCUUCCUUUGUCUUUCCCCUAUGCCUUUCUUUUUUUUUUGCUGCCACAUUUUGGGCCAAGCCCUAACCUAACCUAACUGAGCCUGUCCUCAUACACUACACCUUUUACCUUACAAAACCAGUUGGCCCUCUUAAGCUCAGUCAAUUUGUCCACACCCAAUUCAGGGAUGGGUAACCAUUAAUACAAGGUGACUCCCACCACCCAUUUGGGCCACACAUCUUAACGCCGCUGACAUUUGGAAGUAGAUCAAUUUGUAGUCUGAAGUCCAAGACCUCUUUAGGAUAGGAUCCAUCCAAGAUGUUUUGUAAUAAGCAUCAACGAGGACCAUAGAUAAAUGUGCAUACUAAAUGACGUCUUAGGUAGCCUAUGUUCGAGCGUAGUCUGGGGUGUUAGGUGAGAGUAGCUCACUAUUAGGCAUGUGCCCAUAAUCAGUCAUACGAUAUAUCAGGCUAUGUAUAAUACAAAUCAUGUUAGGAAGGACACUUGGCUCUUAUGUUCCACACUGAAUUAUUUAACCUUUAUAAAAUAAAUAUGGCACUAUCGAGUGCAAAUAAUUUGAUACCCAUCAUGAUGACAGCAGCCUUCUAAAGGCCAUUGUUUUGGAUGAGUUUAAAAGUGUCCUUACCAGAACUAUACCCCGCCCCCCCAAAAAAGGCAUAAAAAAAGUUGCUUUUAGCUAUAUUUUAAAAUUCUACAUUAUGGUAAUAUCGUAAGCUUCGAUAAUCAGCACAUGUCUAGUUGAUCGUUUUAGGUCUAUAGGAUGCAGCCAUUUAAUGGUGUUUAUUCUGAUAUUAAAAAAUAUCUUUUAUUAGUACAUUUGCCUGAUUGUUUAAGCAAAAGCAUGCAAUGCUGAUGUUCAUGUGAGGUAAUGCAAGUUGCACAAUUGCUAAAAAAAAUUUUUUCCAAUCUGAAAUCCAUCAGAAAACUUUUUGAUAAUUGAGAAAAACAUUUAGCCACUUGUUUAAUUUAUUGGUUUUAUUGAUGCAGUUUGAUUGAAGGUUGAUGCUUUGUUAAGAAAAUGUUCUAUGAGAAAAUAAAAUUUUAUUUCAUUCUUAAAGGAUAAAAUAUUUACAACAUACAUAUUAAAACAAAACACAGUAAACAAAUCCCCCCUCCACCCAAACAAAACACCGGCAAGAAAAAUCUUUCAUAAUGUCUUUAUAUUUUUUCGUUUUUUGGCAAAAUAAAAUGAUAUUCUGAGCAAGAAUAUAAAAAAUUUGAUUACAUUAAAAUAUUAAUUGUCAUCAAAUGAAAAGAAAAUAUAUACAGUUGUCGCAUUGUCCCGGAUUUUAUCAUUUAGCCCUUUCUGGUGUAUGAAGAUUGGGUUCGACGCUGGAGCUUCGAGGCCAGCAUAGCUAAAACUAGUUAUCUCGUUCAUAGCUGGCUAGUCGUUUUAAAAAAUAUUUACAAGCUACAUAAUUUAAUAGCCCU